AACAUAAAAAUUCGCCAAUUUUUUUAUUUUACCCUGUUUGUACACAAUAACCUAGUGCUACAGCUUUUAAUCUGUUUGAUCAGUCGAAACUCCUUUUUUAACCGCCAGACGGACUUAAAUUUAAUUAUUCUUUACGUAUAUUUAGAACAGGAUGAGUUCAGCACUGGUUGAAAGCUUCAAGGCAACUACUGGGAAGACCAUCACCUGUAAAGCAGCUGUUGCUUGGGAACCUAAGAAGCCGCUUGAUGUCACUGAUAUCCAGAUUGCGCCUCCUAAGGCAGGAGAGGUGAGAGUAAAGGUGAUCUCCAAUGCUCUCUGUCACACUGACAUCUACACCUUGGACGGGCAUGACCCAGAGGGUCUCUUUCCCUGUGUUCUGGGGCAUGAGGCUGCCGCUGUUGUGGAAAGCGUGGGGGAGGGUGUAACCUCUGUAAUACCAGGUGAUGUUGUGAUACCGUGUUAUACUCCUGAGUGUAAACAACAUGAUUGUAUAUUCUGUCAAUCUCCUAAAACCAACCUCUGUCCCUCAAUCAGAGGAACCCAGGGCCAGGGAUUUAUGCCGGACGGAACCUCUCGACUCAGCAAGGAUGGAAAACCAAUCUUCCAUUUUAUGGGGUGCUCUACCUUUGCUGAAUAUGCUGUUAUUGCAGAGAUAUCUGCUGCUAAGAUAAAUCCUGGAGCAGACUUGAACAAGAUGUGCCUGCUAGGGUGUGGAGUUGCUACGGGAUGGGGAGCAGUUUUUAACACGACUAAGGUUCACCCUGGAGCUUCUGUAGCUGUGUUUGGUCUUGGAGCACUGGGUUUGUCGGUCAUCCAGGCAGCUAAGGUUGCCGGAGCCAGGUAUAUAGUAGGAGUUGAUAUUAAUGACAGUAAGUUUGCUGCUGCUGUAUCUAUGGGAGCUACGGAAUGUGUCAACAGUAUGUCCUGCGAGGGGGGAGAUGUCAAGAGCUGGCUACUUGCAAGGGAGAAGUGGGGAUAUGACUUUACCUAUGACUGUACAGGGAUUGUUCAAGUAAUGAGAUGUGCUCUAGAGGUGGCGCAUAGAGGAUGGGGGGAGAGUUGUGUUAUCGGUGUGGCAGCAGCAGGAAAAGAGAUCUCGACGCGACCAUUCCAACUAGUCACAGGGCGUAACUGGAAGGGAACUGCAUUUGGGGGUUGGAAGGCAAGAACUGAAGUUCCUAAGCUAGUUCAGACGGUUAUGCGAGGAGAGAUGGCCUUAGAACCAUACAUCACCCAUACAUACCAGGGUUUGGAACAUGUGAAUGAAAGUAUAGAUGCACUUCACAGUGGAUCUUGUCUUCGUGCUGUUAUUCAUAUUGGAGAAUCAGGCAUCCAGCCACAGGCUUUGCCCAAACUGAAGGGAAAUGUAAGGUUUGAGGGAGGUUGGUUGAAACAGAUGUCACAUUGGUCGGAAUCCUGUCAGUGUGAGAUGACUUUCUCAGUUUUCCUGCCCGAUCAACAGUCAAGAACAGCCCCACUCCCUCCUGUUCUAUACUACCUUUCAGGGCUAACGUGUACUGAUGACAAUGCGCGAACAAAAUCUCAGUUUGCCCAGGAGGCUGCCAAGGUUGGGUUAGCGGUCGUCUUCCCAGAUACCAGUCCCAGGGGUUCAAAUAUUCCUGGGGAGGAAGACUCCUGGGACUAUGGAACUGGAGCUGGAUUCUAUGUGAAUGCUACAGCUCCAAACUGGAGCAAAAACUAUAGAAUGUACGACUAUGUGACUAAAGAACUCCCUGAGCUGGUUGCUGGGCUCUUCCCUGUAGAUCCUGUUAAAAUGUCUGUUACAGGUCAUUCCAUGGGAGGACAUGGAGCCCUUAUUUGUCACCUGAAGAACCCUGGGAAGUAUACAAGUGUCUCGGCAUUUGCUCCCAUCUGCAACCCUACAGCUGUUCCGUGGGGAGAGAAGGCUUUCUCAGGAUAUCUUGGUUCAGUUGAGGACGGUAAAGCUUAUGAUGCUACCGAACUGAUAAAAACCUACAAGGGGCCUACACCUAAUAUUCUCAUUGAUCAGGGAACCGCUGACAGUUUCUUGAAAACUCAACUUAAACCUGAAAACUUCUCUGCCGCUGCUGCAAAGGCUGGUUAUCCUGUUGAGGUUCGCAUGCAGCCCCUGUAUGAUCACAGUUACUUCUUCAUCGGAACAUUUAUGAGAGAUCAUAUUGAUCAUCACGCUAGAGCUCAUGGGCUUAGACCUAAACUUUAACCUGGAUCUUGCUGAAGAUGAGCGCGAGAAGUUUUAAUUUGAAGGGUUCGUUUCUUUUGUUAUGAUUUAUGUAACAAGAAUUGUGUUUUAAUGUUAUUGUAUCAAUAAUUUUAUUUUUUCUUUAUCAAUAAAGUCUUGAUAUUAUUA